CAAAAAUUUCUACUUCUAGAACAGCAUCGUUUUCAUCUUAUGGCUCGUCUUUCAGUGGCGCUUCAAAACCUUCGAAGUCGAAGAAUAAAGGUAUCUAUAAUAAUAAAAUAAAUUAUGUUCUAUAAAUCUAGAAUGGUUGUGCAGGAUCCAUAACCUAACCUAACCUAACCUAACCAUAAAACAAGUAUUGCAGCCUUUGCUCUAGUACUUACAACUCGGAGAGUACUCUCUGACUCGUCGGUCAACAGAGAUGCAGGGGAAGGCCCUAAGAGCCAACAGAGACUGGAGGAAACGAGCUCGAACUCUAAUUUUCGUCAUCGACUUCCUGCAAAGCAGGGAUCACUGUAGAAUACCUAUGCGAAGAAGAGGAAAGACAAAGGAGGAGAGACAGACAAUAUUGGUUUCAAGACGAGGACAAAAUGAAGAAGAUGACUUGUUCUGAGAAUAUUAAUAGAAGACGCGGCAAGAAUUAUGGAGGAGAGCAAGAAGGAGUUGUAAACGAGCAAGAAGAUGAAAACGACCCAGCUUGUUCCUCCAGUACUAGAGCAAAGGCGGGUAAAACAACUAGUUGUACUUUCGGCGACCCAGGAGCUUCCUCCAGUACGAGAGCAAGAGCAGUGACAACUAGUGCUGUCACUUUCGGCAAGACGAAUACCGUGGUCACAUCAAGGAGUAGACCCAGUAGUGCGACCCCCGCAGCUGUGAAGAGGGCUAGGACAACGCGCUCUGCGGGUAAUGCAACAGGUUCAUCAGGUUCUGUCGGCAAGAGUGUGUCGAUGAUGUCUACUUCUUCACCACGGGCGGGAGGCAGAAAUAGUACUUCUACAACCUCUUCUGCUGGUCGUCGAGCAAGGAAUCCUGUACUACUUACUGGAGAUGACGUUGAUGAACGUUGUGACUAUGGUAUGAGUGAUGGUGACCAAGAAGAUCAACUUGCUCAACCACGUAGGACUUCAGUGGGUAACAAGGGGAGUAUCAUUAUGGUGACCACCACCGGUUUCAAAAAACAAAUUCGAAGUUUUGGUGGUGCUGGAGCUGGUGGUGUGACGACUUCACUCAAAAAGAACAACAACUAUCGCGAGCCCAAAGUAGAAGACCUAGUAGGACCGGAGUACUUUUCCGGUUCAUUUCUUCUAUCGGCAGAAAAGCGUUGUCUUUAUGGAUGUAGUUUUUUUUCCAUUUGUCAGAACAUUAUUUAGGCUGCCGCCCCUUCAUAUCCCUCGUCCUUUGAUGAAAGUGGGGAGGACGAGCCACUUCUGAUUCUAUGCUCAGCCUAAAAAAGAUGGAAAAACUACAUGAUCAUCCAUAGUCUUGUCAAGCGGGAAGGACUACGGGCAACUUUGCCUAAGCACUUCGUGGACCGAACACAACUGACAUUGAGCGAUCUUCUCUCAGAUUUGUUCUGUGCACUGGACCUAUCCGAUUUCGAUCGUGGGGAAGUUUUAGACCUCCUCAUCAAAUUCGAUGAACGCCGAUUACAACAGCAACAAAAUUUAAGCUUAAGCUUAUCACGUACACGUUAUCUUGUCAGUCGUGCAUGUUAUAAUGUUAUACUACUCUUUUUGGAAGAUGAACAAUCCUCGUGUGUGAUUGUUGGCUAGUAGAUUUUUUUUGGCAAACGCAAAGAGUAGCUGCAGUAGCUAAGAAAUAUGCAUGAUGAUCUAAAAGCAGGUGCGAUCAUUUUCAGAGUAGAGUCUUCAUAUGCAUUAUAGCCUCUAGUGCUUCGUCUAAAAAAUCCAGUCACAUCUCCUUUCGGUUACGGGCGCUUCGUGCUCUUCCUAUUGAUGCGAUUGGACGUCAGCUCGAACUUUCGGCAUCAUGAACAGCGAACGCCACUGCGGACGCAUAUGCUGAAACUGUUGUUGCAACUAUUACGUGGGAAUUCUCGUGGCAGGGUUCUUUUUCAUUUUUAAGGCUGCCGCUAAAGCAUCUUCUUCCCUAGUAGCGUCAUCGAUCCUGUCUUGUUGGAUCUUUUUUUAACUUGAAAAAGGAUUCGCCGCCAAGGAUCAUGCUCUCAAGGAAGUAAGGUGCAGCGAACUCGGGAUUAUAGGAGCUCAACAUCUAACAUUUGGGUGAAGGGACAAGAGUGUUGUGUACGCUGAUUAAAGGGAACGGCUUUGGUUUCGCAAGUGUCCCAGAGAUGGAUGAGCGUGACGACAUGGACAGAGCAGAAGAGGAUGACCUGUACAAAACGUACAAAACGUUGUACCCCUCACAGCUGCCCCAGGGAUGCUGGUCCUACACACAAAACUUCGACUAUACUCACUAUUAUGAUUGAACAAGGGUUUAUUGGAUUUGGACGGUCAUGUCCGCCAGUUUCGGGCUACCGCGCAUCGCCACUUGAUUGAUUGAUUAAUUGUACUUAAGUAAAUCAUCUAUUCAUCUAGUUAGCGUUAGGGUUCUACAACUGGAACUAUUACAACUAUUUUUAUGUUGAGCGAGUGUGUGUAAAAAACGCAAGUGGACGACGAGAAGAAAGUAUUGACUGGAACAGAAUAUACUUUGUGGAGCCAACGGUUGCCGUCGUGCUUAAUCGUUUGCGUAGUUGUGUUGCCUGGCCACUGUGCCUCAGGCUUCCCCCGGGGUAAUUGAAUGGAACUACUGCGGGAAAUUAUAGACCCAGGCACCAAAAAAAAAAGACAUUAGUGCGAGCACUUACCGAGUGAGUGAGUGGCUAUUUAUUUGCAGCUCUAAUCCCCUUACACAGCGGAUUUUCUGGAUGACAAGUUUUACGGUAGUCGAGACCGGAUGUUGAGUACUGCUGUGCUGGAGACUCUUGGCGAGCUGUGGGGUCCGGGUCCUCUCGUGGAGGAAUUGAUGGCGUUUCCCUAUACAGUUCUUAAGAUAGCAUCGCGAAGUUGCUGGUGAUAAACAGGAAAUCUUAGCUAGAUUGCCGAGUAGAUGAUUCACGUCGUCAGUGAUACUGCUAAACUUCUUGCGUAACUGCCAGGUUUUCGUCCUCGAUAGGGGGAUGAUAAAAAGAAGCUCUAUUGGUAGAAGUAACAUAUUUACCACUUCUGGUUUCAAGAAGAGGACACGGGAGUAGAUGUUGGAUUGACUUUUGACUACACAGCUGAGCGGACUCUAACCUUCAGUGUCUUUCCCAAGCACGUGAUGCUGGCAACUUGUGCUUUCUGAUCUCAGAACUCCUCAGCA